AUGCCCGUGUUGUAUGUUCUUGGAUGCCUCGGUUGUGGGAUACUGAGAUGCCUCGGAGUGACAUACCCCAUGCUGUGUGUUCUUGGGAUGCUUCGAUUGUGCGAUACUGAGAUGUCUUGGAGUGAGAUACUCAUGAUAGAAAUAUUGUGGAUGUCCAGCUGUGGGAUUCUGGAAAUUGUUAGUAUGGAUGUGGCUCCGAUUGCUCGUUAUGGGGUGAUAGCACAUAUCGAGGUUUCUUUUCACGAUGUGUUUGAUCCUGAUGUCGAGAUGACCUUUUCAAACGGAGAACCGCUCUGGGUGAAUAGAGCUGAGAGGAUCGGCCCACAGAUGGGAUCCAAUGGAGGUCAGGCUCCUAUAAUCACUAUCGUCGCUUUGGCUGUAGCGAAAGUGUUACAAGUCUGUAAUUUUGGUAUCACGAACUCGAGGAGUAGGGGUUCGAAGUCAACCUCGAGACUGGACGAUUGGUCUGGAGAAGAGGAGGAGGCAUUAAGGAGGGACUCAGAGUCAAACUUGAGAACCCAAAAUGCAUCUAACGAAGAGUACGAUGUGUUCCUGAGCUUCCGGGGACCAGAUACUCGCAAUGGAUUCACCAGUUGCCUCAACAGUAGCUUGAGAAAUGCAGGAAUCCGCGUUUUCUUCGACAACGAAGAACUCAAAUUCGGAAAAAAAAUUGGUGGCGAGCUGUUGAAAGCACUUGACAAGUCUCAAAUUUACAUACCUAUCUUCUCUAAGGGUUACGCUAAUAGUUCAUGGUGUCUCCAGGAGAUUGCAUACAUGGUAGAAUGCACAUCAACAUCUAAGGGGAAGAAAGAAAUACUUCCCAUCUUCUAUGAUGUGAAAACUGAUGAUGUUAAGCUCAAAACCAAGUUGUAUAAAAAAGCCAUGCCCGAGCACCAGAAGAAGUUUGGCUCCGAUGAAUUGAAGCGGUGGGAAGAUGCCCUUCUCGAGGUUGCACAUAUAAAGGGAUGGAAUCUUAAAGGCAAACGCCAAGGAGAGCAAAUUGAAUUGAUUGUAGAAGAGGUUUCCCGUAAGCUUAAUUCAAGACACAUGAUUGUGACUGGACAUUGGGUUGAAGAUAGCGCUCGGGUGGAAGACAUAAUGAAAUUGUUGGAUGUUGGGUCUAAUGGUGUACGUUUCGUUGGUAUCCAUGGUAUGGGUGGUGUUGGAAAAACAACUCUUGCUAAAGUCGUGUUCAACAAAUUAUUAUCCCACUUUGAACGCUAUACUUUCCUUGAAGACGUUCGAGCAUCAUCACAAUCUCAUGGUGGUCUCCUAGAAUUGCAAAAAAAGCUCUUAUCAGAUUUGGCCGGUCAUGGGAUUGCUAACCAAAUUAAAGAUGUUGAUUGUGGAAUCAAGAUGAUAAAAAAAGCAUUGAGCAAUAAAGAAGUACUUAUUGUACUUGAUGAUCUAGACAAGAAAGAGCAACUCGAAAAUUUAGCUGGAAAAUCUGAUUGGUUUUGUUCUAGUAGCAGAAUCAUUAUCACAACUAGAGACGAAAGCGUCCUGACGGCUCAAGUGGGCGUAUCUAGUAAAGAGGUCCUCAACCAACCUGAAGGUAUUUUCCGUUAUGAAGUUUGUGAAAUGAGAUUUGAUUUAGCACUUCAUUUGUUUUGUAAGCAUGCAUUUAGAAGUGACUCUGCUCCAGAAGAAUAUGGUGCUCUUUCAACAGAAAUUGUUCGUACAGUGGGCAUGCUUCCCUUGGCUGUCACGGUGAUAGGGUCCAAUCUUUUUGACUGGGGUAAAGAUUUGGAGCAUUCGGAUAAAAGAGAAGUAUGGGAUGAGACACUACAGAAGUUAAAGAAAGGUCCUUUUAAGGAUGUCCAAGAUACAUUAAUGAUAAGUUAUGAAAGAUUAGAGGAUAAGCACCAAGAAAUAUUUUUGGAUAUUGCCUGCUUUUUCAUCAAUACUGACAAAACAUAUCCGAUUAUCAUGUGGAAGGAUUGUGGAUACUUUCCUAGCAUUGCAGUGAGGGUUCGAGACUUUGGAAGGUACAUUGUUCUUCAAAUAUAUCCUCGCAAGUUUUGUAGGGUGUGGAUUCACGAGGAUGCCCUGAAACUACUGGAAGGAGAAAAGAGAAACGAAGAUGUGGUAGCACUAAGCCUGACUUCCGAUGGCUGCAGCCGUAGCAUUGAAUCUAAAGAAUUAGUUGCUCUACCAAAUCUAAGGUUCUUUCGAAUGAAAGGCAUCGAUAUUUUGGGCAACUUCGAGAACCUUCUUUUGGAGCUAAGAUGGUUUUCUUGGGAAAUUAUGCAUAAGGAAUUUUAUGUGAAGAGUUUUCAAUUUCCUAAUUUGAUUGUGCUAGACCUUUCAAGGAGCAAUAUUGAAGAUGACUGGGGUGGAUGGAGUCAAAUGCAGAUUAUUCAAGCAUGGUACACAGGUGGCGUUCUGCCUUGA